GGGCUGCGCGGGGCGGGAUCCCCCCUCCCGGGGGCCGCUCCGGGCUGCCACGGCGGUCACCGAGCCGGGUGGCGAGCUCCGGCCAGCGGCCGUCCGGGUCGGCCUGUCAUCGCCCACCACCCGCGCCCAUCGAGGCGGCCUCCGCGCUGCUCCCGCCGCUGCCCGUGGGGACGGCGGCCUGUGGCGAUGCGGGGACGGCGGCCCAGCCGCGACCCCUGAGGUGCUGGGGACCUCAGCCCCCCCGGAGAAGGCUAAAGCCCCUGAGUAACAUGCUGGAGUUUAUGGAGCAGGAAAUGGCCACCAUCUGGAUGGGGGGAUCCCUGCACUUCCCUGCAACGCUGAACCUGUCAAACCAAGUCUCUGUAACCUGAAAACCUUCUGAAAAAGGCGGGAGCUACUUCCAUGUGGGCUUCCUGCUGUGGAUUGCUGAAUGAAGUCAUGGGCACUGGAGCAGUCCGUGGUCAGCAGGCUGGCUUUGGGGGAGGUGCUGGUCCCUUCAGAUUCACACCAAACACAGACUUCUCAGCUUAUUCAUCUUCAGCUGCAGCGGGCACUAACAUAGUUUGCAAAGCCUGUGGACUUUCCUUUUCAGUUUUUAGGAAAAAACAUGUGUGUUGUGACUGCAAGAAGGAUUUUUGCUCAGUUUGUUCAGUCUCGCAAGAGAAUCUCAGAAGAUGUUCCACUUGUCACUUGCUGCAAGAAACAGCCUUUCAGAGACCUCAGUUAAUGAGACUGAAAGUGAAGGAUCUGCGCCAGUAUCUGGUUCUCAGAAACAUCCCGACAGACACCUGCAGAGAGAAAGAAGACUUGGUGGAUCUGGUGCUGUGCCACCAUGGAUUGGGUUCAGAGGAGGACAUGGACACUGGGAGCUUGCAUUCAUCACGGUCACAGACUUCUGGGUUUUUUACUCAUCCCUUUUCUAUGUCUGUCUCGGUGUCGUCACAAGGCGAACUUGCCAACAGGAGGGGAAGCACAGGAACUGGAACACCUUUACGGGGACAAACGGAAACAUCGUCUGUAAAUAAUGAAGAAGAAGAAAGUGCAGAAGAGCAGACCCCUGGAUUGUCCAGAAAGCGAGCGAGGGCAUCUCUGUCUGAUAUUUCAAGUCUGGAAGACAUUGAAGGGUUGAGUGUUCGGCAGCUGAAGGAAAUACUUGCGUGUAAUUUUGUCAACUACUCAGGAUGCUGUGAAAAAUGGGAACUUGUGGAAAAAGUGAGCAGACUGUACAGAGAGAGUGAAGAAAACCACAAGACACAGGGUGAGAAGAUGCAGCUGAAUGACAACGACGACAACCUGUGUCGGAUCUGCAUGGACGCCGUGAUCGACUGCGUCCUGCUGGAGUGCGGCCACAUGGUCACCUGCACCAAGUGCGGGAAGAGGAUGAGCGAGUGCCCCAUCUGCCGGCAGUACGUGGUGCGGGCCGUGCACGUCUUCAAGUCCUAAACCAAGACCAAAAAGUGGAUUUUUACAGUCACCCUUCCAGGAGUGCCCAAACCCGGGGCACCAUCAGCUUCUUAGUUCUCAAUAAAGAGCGUUCUGAUCAGCAGGA